AUGUCUUAUCAGCAGCAGCAACAAUGCAAAGUCCCCUGCCAGCCCCCUCCCCAGGUCCCUGUGCCCUGCCCUCCCCAGGUCACUGUGCCCUGCCCCCCCCAAGUCCCUGUGCCCUGCCCUCCAAAGGGACCUGAGCCCUGCCUUCCACCCCCUAGCCAGCAGAAGUGCCCCCCUGUGCAACGUCCCCCAUGCCAGCAGGAAUACCUGCCAAAGCAGAAGUGA